UGACCUAACACAGCCACGUUACGCGUCGUAGAGCAAAUUCAAAGUUUCGAUAUUUCGCAAGCGGUCACAAGAAAUCCACUUAUAUCCUCGAAAAUCUGAGAGCAAAAUUAAACAUGAGUGGCGAGUGUAAAAUCCAACAACUGAGUGAAGCGACAGGGCAAAUACAAGACUUGAUAAAGCAGUGUUUCAAAGCAAAGGAAUUCUCCUACUCGCCGUACAGUAAGUUUCGAGUUGGCUCAGCAGUGCUCACGAACGAUAAUAGAAUCUUCACUGGCUGCAACGUGGAAAACGCCAGCUAUGGGAUUGGAAUAUGCGCCGAAAGGACUGCUUUAGUGAAGGCUGUGAGUGAAGGAUUUAGGGGUUUUAAAGCCAUUGCGGUCUGUACGGAUGUCGCAGCGUACACGGGUCCUUGUGGAGCGUGCAGGCAGUUCAUCGCGGAGUUCGGUUUAGAUAUCGAGGUCUACAUGUGUUCCACAGAUCACAGUUACCAGCUGUUGCUUAUAAAGGAUUUGCUUCCUAGGGCAUUUACUCCGAUGGAUUUGGUUAACGCCGAGAAAUGAUGCUAGGACCAGUUGCUUAUAAACAUUGCUUAAUCGGUUGUAAUAUUUUCAUUGUUUACAUUUUUCCUGAUUUACAUUCCGAUUUUUAUUUAUGUUAUGCCUAUCAAGGGACACAUAUAUUAAUACUUGGUUUAUUUAUUAAAGAAUUAAAGUAUUUUGUUUCUCGUAAA